AUGAUCAUCCUCGUCGUUGAAUUUCCAGGCGUAACACUUGCACCUCAAGCUGCAAUGAGAAAGUUUGAGGGGUUGAUCGCUCUUAGAGCCUUUCUUGGUGUGUUCGAAGCCGUCAGUCAACCAGCGUUUACAUUGUUGUCGUCUAUUUGGUAUACACGAAAAGAGCAGGGCGUAGUUGUAACAGUUUAG